UCUCCCCCAUCUCUCUCUCUCUCUCUCUCUCUCUUUUGCUGGGUCUCUCUGUGUUGGAGCUUGGGUUACCUGAAUAUUUGUGGUGGGUUUGGUCCUAACAGUUGAAGUUCUUGGAGAAUUCUGCUGUUCAGUUCCAAAUUUGGCGGAUAGGACGAUGGCACAACGUUCACACGUACCACAGUUCGGCAAUUGGGAAAGUGGAGAUAAUGUUCCUUACACAGUUUACUUUGAUAAGGCUCGCAAAGGUCGAGGUGGGGCCAAGAUGAUAAAUCCAAAUGACCCUGAGGAGAAUCGUGAUCUAUUUUCUGAUGAUUCAUCUUCAGCUCAAGGUCCUACUUCCAGAGCUGUUGCCGAACCAGAGGAACCAAUAAGACAAAAACCAGGAAGAUCAACACAUGAACGGCAAAGGAGCAGGGAAAAUGGUGACCUCAAGCAGUUUACUGACAAUUUGGGUGGCAGAGAUAACAGUGAAGCAGCAAAUCAACGUCAUGGAGGCCGUGGGGUAAGUUCUGGUGAAACCUAUAAAAGACCUUCAAGGCAUAGUGCUGGAUCUGAGCAGAGUGUUGAGCGUUCACCCCUCCAUCGCCAGGCAAAGGUCCCUGCAAGAGAUGGUGGGGUCAACCCACACUCUUUUGAAGGAAAGGCUUCAUAUGACAGUGCCCAUGGAACUCCUGGAAGAGCCCGAAUGAAACCAGAGACUCGAGGCGAUGAAACGCCUGAGAAAGGUGCUGCUGUUCCAAAAUUUGGCGCGUGGGACGAGAACAACCCUGCAUCAGCUGAAGGUUUUACUCACAUUUUUGAUAAAGUGCGGGAGGAGCGGCAGACGGGGGCGGGAAGGAUACCAGGGCCUAAUGAGACACCUUACAAUAACAUUCGGAGGCAAAAUCCUGAUGACAGUGCUAAGAGCUGCUGCUUUCCAUGGGGCAGAAAAUGAAGUGUUUGAAUUUGCUGUAAAUACCUAUGAAUGCUCUUUCCAAGCCUAGUUUCUUCUUUGCAGUGCGGUCACUUUGUCUGUGUGCGCUACUUUGUAGUAAUAAACACAUAAUUCUGUGGCAAGCUUUCCUUUUGUUGUUCUUCUUGCCUUUAGCUGCUUUAAGGAGACGGAAUAUUUAUGUUCAGUUUUGCUAUUGUAUUUGCAUGGAAAAUACCAGAUUCAGAUUCUUUAAUUCUAUUCCCAAUAUAUUGCGGUGGCUUUAAACU